GUAGAAAAAUCGAGCAGUUUUUUUCAUUUUUCUAAUGACACACAACCGAUUUCAGCUUAACGGGGGGUCCAGAUUGCACGCACACAAGCGCAAAUGAACACGAUGACACGCACACAUUGAGACUCGCUGUCAGUUCGUUCUGAUGGCUUGAAAACAGGCAAAAAGUUGGGUUAUGUGUGGAUUGUAAACAUUCUGUUCGUUCAAUUCACACAAGCUUGUGCCUCAACAUCAUCUCUGCCGCGCCACCGCCUACUUGCAGUAUAUCUGUUACUUUCUUCGCUUGUUGUACUGUGAAUGAGAGAAGGAGACAUAUUAUUCAGGAAAAUGGAUUUCAACAAUAAUGUUGAGGAAAAACUAGGCGACACCAUCCCAGUCAAACCGUCGAGCAAAAAACUUGAAGCAGCAAUUUCAACCGGAUCAGCUCUACUUAAAAAUGAAAAGUGCCCUACUUAUCCAUCCCAGAAUCAUCAAAAUUCCCUACCUCCUGCCGUGCCACCACGAUCCUCCUCAUUGCCCCGACCAAAUCCUCAAUUAAUCUUAAAAACGAACAUAGCCUCACCAAUUCCUUUUCCCAUCGCACCCCCUCGAACCACAUCCUUGUCCACGCAAAGCUUUCCGGUGCAAUCCAUUUCCUUUCGAGCCAUAAGCACUCCCGCUUCCGAUCCGAAUAAUACUUUCAAAUUAAACUCGCCCACCAUACCACCACGAUCCUCUUCCUUAAUGAUGCCAAAUUCUAGUCCAGUUCAGAAUAUCACGUUUCUUCCAAAAGUCCCGGUUAACACCGAAAGUGCAUCGCAUCCUCCUACCUUACCACCACGAUCUUGUUCUGUGUCCCUUCCUGAGCCCAACAGAAAACUCAAUCCAACUGAAAAUUUAACACAGUUGGAUCGUAUUGAAAAACAGUUGAACAUUCUGUCCAAAGUAGCUUGUCACACACAAUUUGUGACGAACUUAGUUUUAGACAAUCUCUGCAACAAAGACUCAAAUUCGGAAAGGAAUCCGCUAAUCAAAAAAAUGGAAACUCUCGACAUGUUAGAAGAAAUGGAGAGAAAAUUGAAACAUGAAAGUUUAUACAUGGCAAAGACGAUUUGCCUUUUGUUAAGUGCAUUAAAAGGGACCGACAAUGUCCAAGAAAGACUAUCGAUAACACUAGAUUUGUUAUUCGAUCGCGAUUUUUUUUCCAAGUUUAGUUGGACAGGUGUUGGGUUUCCGGAAGCCAAGAUUCCAUUAGAAAAAUACGUCUAUAUUAUAAGUUUAUUUAAAUUCGUAGGAGGCACUAGCUUUAUAGAUGACACAGCUACGGUUUCACACGAAACAGUGAAGACUUUUCUAGUUGAUAAGCUAAAUCACGGAAAAGCACGAAGUUUAGUGAAAGGGUUGCGACAUACGGUGAAACGUAAAAAAGAAUUAUAGAAAAGAAUUAUGUAUAUAUGUAUAAGUUAAGUAUAUAUAUAAGUGUUUUAUUGAAUUAAUGAUUUAGGCAUUUAUACAGUUGGAAUAUUAGCUGUGAUUCAAGUUGUGAUAUGAACUAUGUAGGAGUAAACGUUUAUGAAUUUAAUGGGUAAAAAUUAUAUAUGAAAUACCAACAAUCUGUUCUAGUUCUUAAGGCAUUUCCUCCUUGCAUUUUGCCUUAUCCCGGGCAUACUCGGCAACUUUAUUCUACUCAUUUUAAUACAAAACUAAUAAAAAAAUAAACUAAUAAAAAUAUUUACCUAAACUUAAACCUUAACUACCUAUUCUAAACCUAACAGCUUACAUAUUUUAAUUAUGAUCUAACUUUCAAGUGUAUGUAAAAGAGGACUGAAAUAAAAUGUAUUACCCUGAUCUAAACUAA